UCCCGUCGUUCAUUUAGCCAGCAUUACCCAAGAUUCUUUGUGGUUGUCUGAUGUUAUUCAAGAAGCCGAGUCAGUCACAAUGAAUCGAGAAUGCGUCCUUAAUGGAAGAAGAAAAUGUGGACGACAGCAGCGUACAGGAGGUUAUAGGGCUGCUACUUACUCCAAAUGAUGGGAGCAAGAAUGAAGUGGAAUCUGCAGUGGCUACCUUAAACCUGGUGGACGGUUCUUCUGGUCUUGGUGUUAAACUGGGUGACGGAUCCACUGCUUUUCUGCAAGGACUGGACCACAAGUUCUUGGGCACGACCCUUACACUAGAAGAUGGAACAACCGCUUAUAUUCAGGCCACUGGCAAAGGCACCAUCGAAGGUCUGGAAGCUGUCCAGCUGGAAGACGGCAGCACAGCGUACAUCUCAACAACGGCGGAACACCUCUUGGAUGACGGCAUUUCGGCUCACGUAUCCAGCGAUGGAAGUCAGGAAGAAGACGUCCACUUGAAUGUGAGCCGUGGCAGUGCCAGUGCACUGGCAUUGGGUGACAAGGCGUUUCAGUGCACUUACGAAGGCUGCGGGAAGCUCUACACAACACCGCAUCACCUCAAGGUUCAUGAGAGAACGCAUACGGGCGACCGUCCUUUCAAGUGCACAGCUUGUGAGAAGAGUUUUGCGACGGGUUACGGUCUAAAGAGUCACACACGGGUUCAUACGGGUGAGACCCCUUACAAGUGCAGCCAUUGCAGCAAGACUUUCAAGACCUCUGGAGACCUGCAGAAACACCUGCGUACUCACACUGGGGAACGUCCCUUUGUGUGUCCCUUUGAGGGUUGUGACAGAGCAUUCACAACUUCCAACAUCCGUAAAGUUCACAUGCGUACACACACGGGAGAGCGACCCUAUGUAUGCCAAGAAGAAGGAUGUGGGAGAGCAUUUGCGAGUGCUACAAACUACAAGAAUCACAUCCGCAUUCAUACUGGAGAAAAACCGUACGUUUGCAUGGUGGCCGCAUGUGGGAAGCGUUUCACCGAGUAUUCGAGCCUCUAUAAACAUCACGUAGUUCACACCCACAGCAAACCCUACCUGUGCAACCUGUGUGGUAAAAACUAUCGACAGACUUCUACCCUGGCUAUGCAUAGGAGAACGGCUCAUGGCCUCAUCGACAAGGCGGAGGAGGAUGAAGAGAGCAGCAAGAAGAAAACGGUCCUGCAACAAGAGAGCGGCACAAAUGUUUUAACCCUGCAGUCGGGGCUUACAUUGGACACACUCGGGGAAGAAGGGACUUUUGUGCAAACUCCAUCUGGUCAGCAGAUUGUAGUGGUAGUGAAUCCAGCCCAGCUGCUUUCGACGGACAUCCUGGCCGAGGGAUCUCAGGCGGAUGUUGUCAUCACCGCUCACACUUUGGACGAUGACGACGAAUGAGUCUUGUAUAUACUUCACUCAUAUGCUAUAAAGAAAUAACUUUCGUUUUA